UUGAACUGAAGGAUGGCUAAAGCUUUACCAGAGGGACUCACCCUUGCCGACUUCUCCCCAUCAAAGGUGGCAUGGGUCUAAUUGCAGUAAGCUGAGCUGUUCCUUUAAAAGGGAAAAAAAAUCCUCCACAAUUCAAUUCUACUGCCAAAAGGAGCUUCCAAUCCCCACCUGACCUGCACAGAGCCUUUCCAUGCGGGAUUCAACAGGCACUUUGUGUGCUUAUGAUUGUGUUACCUCUGGUUAGUCCUUCAGGGAUUAGGAUAACUAUUUUCACAGGAUUUUAAGGAAAUAUUAUCAAGCCUGUCUACUCAAAGUUUUUCACAAAGUGUUUAUUAAGAACUGGCAAUAACUUCCAGUGUUAUAUAGGCUCUGAAGAUAAUAAUUUUUUUGCCAUGAGAAAUCAGACGUGGUGGAUGAUGGUGUGCUUAAAAUGAGACAUGACCUUUAGAUGUUGCAACUGAAUGAAGACCAGCCAAACUUGCUGGAAGUCAGCAUCCAUAAUGCAGGGGCUCUGCUGGCAUGGGGCAGUGAAGAUGAGCCUGGGAUUUCUGUGUCUCUUUCUGGUUUUCAGCACAGCUUCGUGCCUAAGAAAAGAAAAUAAGAAAGAGAAGCAAUUGGCAGUGCUGGCUACUGCAGAGCUGCCUGCAAAGUCCCUGGACCUGGCUGGCAUUAACCUGACAGAGCUGGUGAACGGGAUGCUGAGCACUGCACUCAGAGGUACCAAGAAACUCUUCUCUUUGCUGAGCAUCACCUCUUACAGCUCAUUUGCCUUCCACAAAGUGUCAGUCACCAUUUACAACAUCUCUAAUGCAAAAAAUAUUGACCCUGGCAAGUUCCCUAUGCACUACUGCUACUGUUUGAAUAAUGUGACAAAUGAUUUGACAGAUUUUACAGCUCUACUUGUUGAUAUCAUUGGAAACUCCACCAGUUAUCUCACAGAAAUUUUCAAAUCCACUUCUAUUCUCUCAGUGCGUCAGAGCAAUGACUCUGAUUGUAUCUACAUCUGUGUGAUGGCAGGGCAGACAGGGAAAAAUCUGUCUGAUUUUUUGGAAAUACUAGAUAAGUCUCCUGUUAUUAAUUACACAUUUUCCAGUAACACAUCAUCCAACCUCGAGCUAGAUUCGAUUUUCUCAAGUUUUGUGAAGUUGCAGGAAGACCCAAACAAGACACUGGAUUCGUCAGCAGAAUAUGUGUGGACAUUUAAACCUACCAGGAUCCCCCUCGCCCAGAAAGGAGGGGGAAUCCCCACCACGAAGUCCCCGCUGUGGCCAAAGACAAUUGGAGCCAAAGGAUCAUGGUUUCCAUCUCCCCACGUGGAUGCUCCCAGGCCCCAAGGCAUGGCCAGGCCCCCUCUGAGCCCUGGGGAGGGCUUGGCCCCAUCACCAGCCCUGCAGCCCAGCGCCACUGACAUGUCCAUGUUUUGGAUGCAGACAGUGUCUCCACAAGAAGCCAGCAAACUCAUGCAAACAGAGCCAGAUUUGCCUUCCACAGUACUGUCUCUGCCACCCUCCUACCGACCUGGUGUGACACUGAAACUUUACUCAGCUACCAGGUGCCCCCAGGCCAUGCUCAGAGAGCCCCGUGUGACCUCACCUCCUGUCACCCUCGUAGUGCAGAAGAUCAACCCCUGUGUGAUGGAGCUCUGUAGGUUCUUUCAGCUGUGCCUCUGUGUUGGUCAGAGAAGAUAUUCCAGAAAGGAAGCCAUGAGCUCCAUCUUCAGAUACUGUGUUGAAUACUAUUCCUGGUUUGUGAAAAAUGCAAGUUAUGUCUGCGAAAGAGUCAAAAGAGUUGCUUACUCCCACACAUUAAAGCAAAAAUGCCUUAAAAACAUCUGUACAUCAGUUUAGAGCACUGAGAAAUUUUACUGCAAGUUGGAAGACUGGUGGCAGUUUUAGUUUUCUUUUUGAUUUCUCAGUGUAAAAAUCAGAAAGCAACAUGUUAUUUGUAAAUAUUUGAAAUCAGACAAGCUAUUAACCUGAUGUUAAUCUAGAUAUGUCUCCUCCUCUAAGUCAUUGUAAAAAUAAUAUCUAAAGACCAGAGAUAUUUUAU